AUGAGUGCUCGUGAUAUAGGAAGUAAUAUUCAAAAGAAUAACAGGCAGAUCUCAUCAUCUGUGACACCAUCCGAACUCAAUGCGGCUUCCACUCCAACCGCAAGUUUAUCCACUAUUUCCAAACAGUUAUUUUCAUCACCCAGUUCAUUAUUGAAUGAUUUGGUAGAAACUCAUUGCCAUCUAUGCAGUAAAGUCCAACCAUAUUCUGCCUUUAUUGUUUUGCGAUGUAAACAUGGAUUCUGCGGUCAGUGUGCCUCAAUUAUUGAUCGAACUCAGGUAUGUCCGCUUUGUUUUAACACUGCAGCAACGGAACUUGCAUCAUCUUUAACUGGUAUUUCACAACAUGCUACUUCCAUUUUUCCCGAUGCUCCACCAUCACGUGAGAUUAAUGCUUCAAAUCUUUCGCUUGAUGGUGCUUUUUCUAUUUGGGACCCACUUUUACCAAAAUCUCUAAUCAAACAAGGAUUACAACGUUCAGCAAUUCAGUCCUCUACUCAAUCACGAAAUCAAUUACUUCAUUCUUCUCAGCAGUACUCAGCUACUGGUUCGUCUUUUGACCCGUCUUUAUUGACCUUUCAGAAUGACACUGCAGCUGCUUUGGGGGUACUUUCGUUAUCUUCUCAACCACUUAUAACUACCUCAACAAUAAAUUGGCAUACAGUCCCAAGUGCUGAAAUUCAGCAAACGUUCAAUAUCAAGUAUCAAAAGUGCACUAUGUGCUCCGAGGGAAACCAUUUAUUUAAGGAUAAUGCUGUAGCGACUGUACGUUGUGUACAGUGUGAUGAAACGUUAUGUAGUGAAUGUGUUGUUGCACAUUAUCGGAUGAGAGUCACACGUGAACACAAAGUGGUACGCAUCGAAACCUUCAAAGGUGUAUCGUUACCACAGAUGAGUGUUAGAAGAGAACCAAUCAAAUUUGAAAAUUUAAUUGAAAUAGAAACCUGUAGCACUCACGACUCACCAAUGAUUUGUUCCUGUUUGUCUUGUGGAAAUGCACCACUCUGUGUUGUGUGUGUUGUCAAGCAUCCAAAACACCAACUUGUUCCUUAUGGAGAAUUAAGAGCAUCACUGUUAGCACUGAUUGCGAGUUCAAAACAUGACCAAAAAAACUUAGAAGUUGCGCUGGAAACUGUGCGUCAAAUGUUGGAAAGAGUAGAUGCUUCUGUACAGUCAACAAUUCGUGAAUUACGCUCAGCAAUACAUUUGCAUAUCAGUGCUUUGGAAGAACGUAAGCGUGAUUUAUUGCAACGGGUUGAUACUAUUCGGCAGACGAAGAUCAACACAUUAAAAGCUCAGGGAGAACGACUGGGACAGCGUCAUAUAAUUUUAGCUGAAGCUUUAAAGGCAGCAGAAGUCGCUACAAGUACUGGUGAAGGAAUGGAAAUCCAGCAACGCAAUUCAUUUGAUACAUUGCUCAGCAUUUUGCGAGAACCAUGUUUAUGUUUAAUGCCACAUGAAACUGAUCUAAUUAAAUUCUUACCGCCAAAUAGCAGUUUCAUUACACAGUACAAAAUGUGUAGCACUCACGACUCACCAAUAAAUUGUUCGUGUUUGUCUUAUGGAAAUGUAACACUUUGUGUUGUGUAUGUUGUGAGACAUCCAGAUAUCAACUUCACAAACGUAUUUAUAAUUGAAUCGCUUUCGCUCGUCACUGUUAAUUUUAGACUGCGUUCUCUUGGAGAGCUGGAAAGUGGUGCAUGCGCUCGAACAACCCAUAUAAUCGGUGAAGGUUUUCGACGUGCUAUUCAAGAUCGUUCGUGCACUAUUUUGGUGCAGGCAAGGGAUGCCUGUGGUGAUGUUUGUACAUCGACAGUUCAUCAGUUGUCUGCUUCUUUGAUCAGCCCUGAAGGUCAUGUAGUGGAGAUAUCCAUAUCGAUACAGGAUGCAGGAGUUUAUUCACUCAGUUAUUUCCCGACUGAAGAAGGCAAUUACUUUUUGGAUAUUAAAAUUCGAGGAGUUUCAAUUGGUGGUUGUCCUACGAUAAUAUAUGCGAGAAAAGGUCGCGAUUAUGGAAAGAUUGUUCGUACUGGACCUUUAUUUUCAUUUGGUUCGGAAGGUACAGGUGAUGGACAACUUUGUCGGCCAUGGGGAAUUUGUUGCGAUAAUAAAGGACGUAUUGUGGUUGCAGACAGAAGCAAUAACCGUAUCCAGCUUUUUGAUAAAGAAGGAAAUUUCCUUUUUAAAUUUGGAAGUCCUGGAACUCGUCCAGGGCAAUUUGAUCGUCCAGCAGGCAUUGCUGUAAACUCAUUGAACGAAAUAGUUGUGGCGGACAAAGAUAAUCAUCGAAUACAGGUAUUCAAUGACCGUGGUGAUUUUUUGCUCAAAUUUGGGGAGCGUGGUCGAACUCCUGGUCUUUUCAAUUAUCCGUGGGGUGUCGCAGUGAACUCAUUUAAUCAGAUCGCUGUUUCAGAUACUAGAAAUCAUCGUAUUCAAGCUAGUUUUUGUCUUGAGAAAUUUUAUUCCGUGAUGAUGUUUUCUCCACAAGGGCAUUUCAUCCGAAAAUUUGGAUUUGAUAGUUCACUGCACAGUUACAAGAAUUUGGAUUCACCUCGUGGUCUUUGCUUUUUGCAAGAUGGACAGCUUGUUGUUACCUUUAUAAUUUCUAGUGAUUUCAAUAACCAUCGUCUGGUAGUCAUGUCAUCGCGUAAUACAUCUGACAUGAAAAUGUAUGGCAGCGAGGGUGAUCGGGAGGGCUUAUUCUGUCGUCCUCAAGGAAUAACAACUGAUAAUGAAGGGCACAUACUUGUCUGUGACUCAAGAAAUAAUCGUAUUCAAGUACUAAAUUUGGAUGGAAUGGAGUGUGUUGCAUCGUUCGGGGCUGUAUUAUCAGACUUUUCAUCUGAAGCUUCCAUAAGUAAUACCGGUAAUGAAAAAUCUGGUGAGAGCGCUAAAGCGCCAUUAACUGUUAUGCUACCAAUACAUUCUUCAAAGGUACCUUCCUGUUCUGGGGUAUCAGUUUCCACUAAUGAGCCAAAUCUUUUAAUACUUGAUCGCCCUACCGAUUUGUGUAUUUCUCCGGAUGGUUUAAUUUACGUAGUAGACUUUGGUGCUAGUUGCAUUCGUGUUUUCUAA